AUGGAUUCAACGGUCCCGAUGCGCCGGACUAUCUCCUCUCUCAUCUAUACCCCGCCGUUCAUCGCGAGCUCAAAGGAUUGCUAUGGGACGAUCCAAAAACGGACUCGAACUCUCACGAUCCUUCCUCCGACUCCGUCGUCGAUCCUUGCCCGAGCGGAAACUGUGAUUCGAGCUCGAAGAACGAUGAUCGGACGUCGAGGAAAUGGGAGGAGAGUCAACGACGGUGGAGAUGCGAAUGGGAUCGAGAAAGACUCGACCUCGACCAUCUACUCAAGGAAAAAAUCAACCGGGGGUCGAACCCGAACCCGGAUCCGGAUCCGAACUCUUCGGAUGUUUUGA